AUGAUAGAACCUAAAAGAGUAAGCACCAUUGAUUUAUCGUCUUGCCGGAUAUGUUUGUCGAAAAAAAGGCCUUUAUGCCCCCUUUUUAAAUAUAAGUUAUCUGGAAACUAUGCUGAAAUGCUAACAGCAAUAGCGGAUGUUAAGGUUUCAUCUAAUGAUGGUUUACCUGAAAAAAUUUGUCACAAAUGUUGUACAUCAUUGGAAAAGGCUUAUCUACUUAAAAGUGUUGCUGAAAGAUCAGAUCGUGAACUUAGAAAAUUAAUUACUAAAAUUAAUCAAAAUGUGCCUACAAAAAAAAUUGCAUUUGACUCUUUCACUGACAUAAAAAGUGAAAUCGGACCACUAGCCAUAAAGUCGGAACCUGCAUGGGAAAUGGAAAUUGAUAUUCUUAAUAAUCCAAAUGAAAUCCAAAAAGUGGAUACUAUUGAAGGCCAGGAUAUUGUUAUAGCAGAUACUGUCAUAAGAAAAGUUGAUUCAAGUAGCUCAUUUGAUCAAUCUGAAAAGUCUUAUGUCACUACUACUACUAAACCGCAAUCUUUUGAAUUAGAAGGACUUGACACUGAAUAUUUGGAUGAUGACAUAUUUCAAGAUGAUGAUGAUGAUGAAUAUGUGCCUCCAUCAGAGAAAUCUAAAACAAAGUUCAAGAAGCCAAAAUUAUCAGAGAUAAAAGUUUUUAAGGCAAAAAAACCUGUUGUGAGGAAAGUAAGGGUUGUGAGACAGUAUAAAAAUGAAUUAGUAGAUGCUGAGGCUAUAAAUGAGGCAAGAAGGGCUACUACAAUAACUUGUUUCCCAAUAAUGAAAAAUGGUACCAAAGGACCUCCAAUUCUCUUGAGAAGACCAAAAGAUGCAACAUUAUUGAAGGUCCAUCCUAAUUAUAAAACUAGAAAAGUAAUUGAACCUAGAGAGAGAGGUAUGCGACGAGAUAUGGCUAUGAGAAGAACAAAAACAAAAAAAGUUAAACCAAUAACAAAAGAGAGGGAAAAACUUGUAUGUCCUAUAUGUGGUAUAUUAACAUAUACUUUAGGCAAUCAUAUAGCAACUCACGAAGAUAAGAAAAAAUAUACUUGUACAGAAUGUCCGCGAUCUUUUGUACAAAAGAGUAAUUUGAUCGUUCAUCUUAAACAACAUACUGGAGUGAAGGACCACAUUUGUGAAGUGUGUGGAGCUGGCUUUUAUACACAAAAGUCACUAGUGAGGCAUAACCUAAUCCAUAAAGGAGAAAGACCAUUUCAUUGCAAUUUGUGUUCUAAGAAGUUUAUUGCUCGCUGUGAUCUCAACCGCCAUCUACGCAUCCAUGCCGGUUAUAAGCCUUUCAAAUGCACCACCUGCGCUAUGUCUUUCAACGCGAAACACCAACUGCAGAACCACGAGCGCAUGCACACCGGUGAGCGGCCAUACUCAUGCCAGGUCUGCAGCGUGUCUUUCAGUUACAAAGUGAAUCUAAACAACCACAUGUACAAAGUUCACGGGAUCAAUAUUAAAUUCAAAUCAAUACAUACAGUGACAGAAGAUAUAUUACGGCGCGAAAUGGGUAUGACGAUAGAGGCUAGGGAGGCCAUCGCUCAUAUUAUGCCGCAACUCGGUGAUGUACCGACGCCUGGCGCACACGAAACUGUGCACCAUACAUCGGAUUACAGUGUU